UCCCUCGGACACAGCGGAUCACCGAUCAACAGAAAGAGCCGAACAUGUCGGCUCGGUCAUGUGAUCAGCUGUCAGCGGUCAUGUGUCCAAUCACAGCUGAUCACAUGGGACAUGUACACUGAUCAUCAGAGCACUGAUGAUCAGUGUGCCCUGAUGAUCUGUGUAGCCCCAGCAGUGCCACCUGUCAGUGUCCAUCAGUGCCAGCUCUCAGUGCUCAUCCAUGCCACCUGCCAGUGCCCAUCAGUGCCACAUAUCAGUGCCCAUCUGAGCUGCCUUUCAGUGUCACCCAUGAGUGCCACCUAUCAGUGCUGCCAAUCAGUGCCACCUAUCAGUGCCAGUCAG